AUGGUCUCAAAAUCAAUGACUGAAAAAGUUAUAGAAAAACAAAAUUUUCAAAAUUUUGAUAAUCCUAAAGAAUCUUCUGAUAGCUUACAAUAUUUAAAAAACUUUCCAUUAUUAAAAUCAAAGAAUAGUUUUUCAGAAGCUAAAUUUGACAGUUAUAACAAAAAUAAGUAUAUAGAAAAUAAAGAGAAUAUAAAUAUUAGAUCAUUAUUGUCAGAAGCUAAUAAAAUCUCUUAUAGAAAUAAAUAUUCAUCUCAUAAACAUUUUGAUUUAGGAACGUCUUUCAGUAUGGAAACAGAAUAUAAAUAUAAAGAUCCUGAAAAAGAUCUUGUUUUACUUGAAAGAAGCCUCUGCAUCUCACCCUUUGAUAUAUCUAGCAUGAAUAAUUCAUUCCAUUCGUGUACCACUGCCAAAUCUGAAUUACUUAAAAAAAAUAUAUACUUAUUAGACAAUAAUACAUUACGUGAGAGAUUAAAGAAUCUUGGUGAAAAUCCAGGACCUAUAACAAAUAGAACUUAUCACUUAUAUUUGAAAUACCUUCACAAAUUGGAAAACCAACAAAGAAAUUUUAUGCAUUUAAAUUCUAUUUCAAAGGCUUAUAUUAAAUAUUUAAAUAAUAUGGGUAGAGAAAAAAAAAUGCUAAAAUUUUCACGACUUUCUACAGAGUGGAUUAAAAAAUUAGAUGAUUUUGAAGCUAUUGAACAAAAAGUUUUUCAAGAAUUUGUUAACCCUACCCCAUCCCAUAAAUGGCGUGAGGGUAAUAGUAAAAAUUCUUUUAACUAUCUCCUACUUGAUCCACGAAUUACAAAUAAUUUUCCUCAAAGGGCUAGUAAGCUUACCUUGUCAGAAAAAUGGGAAAUUUUUCUAUCAGCUAUUUUUUAUGUAGGUAAAGGUAAACAGUCUAGACCAUAUGCACAUCUUUAUGAUGCUUUCAAGUUGUGGGUCUCUCAUGAUCAACAAAAUUUUAUAAAUAUGAAAAUUCAAAGAAUUUUAGAUAUUUGGAAUGAUGGAAAAGGAGUCAUUGUUUUACACAUUUUCCAAAAUACUAUUCCAGUGGAAGCUUAUACAAGAGAAGCUGCAAUGAUAGAGAUGUUAGGAACACAAAAAUUAGGAAAUUGUAAGCGUGGUGAUUACUAUGGAAUUGUGGCAACUUGGAAAAAAAGAGAAAAAUAUGAAUUGGGUAAAUACUUACUGUUCAAAGCAUUACAAAUAUUAUUAGUAGAAGGAGAAAGACAAAUUUUUCCUGAUAAUUUGUAA